UGAUAAAUGUGGCGGAAACCAGUAAGAAACUUCAGAAAGCAGCUUGUGAUGUUUACAGACGAAAAUAUGGCAAGGGAAGAUUGUGUAUAGUAGAUGACUUCAGUCCCUCCUAUGUUCCAUCACGAAAUGUCGACGUGUAUAAGCCCGGUAAAGCAUUGAAGAUUUUGAGGAAUUUUGGACAUCUGGUUUCAUACAUUUAUCUGCGUCCAAAAACGUACGAUUACCCAUCCACCUUUGUAUUUCUCCUUGAGAGUUAUGUGGCAGAGUAUUGUUCAAAGACAUUGAGACAGUUUAUGUUGGUUUGUCCACCUAAGUUUUUAUUCAAAGAAAUACGAAACUCAUUCAUAAACGUGGAGCAUAUCAGUUUAGACCAAUAUAGAGCACCCAUUUCUGAAUUUCCAUUCAGUUCAACUUUUCCAAAUCUGAAGUCGCUGGAGUUGCAGUUGGGUUGGAACGGACCCACACCCAUUGCCUUCCCAUCUGUAAAAAAACUGUGUAUUGAUGCAUGGAAAAGUAAAAAAAAUGAAUACAAAGGAUUACAUUUUGAAGCAAACGAAAUUAACGAAUUGCUGAGACUCAAUCCACAAUUAGAAGAGUUGGAACUAAAUAACGGUAUCAGCGAUACUAUUUUUCAGGAUAUCAACCUGCCCGAGCUCAAACGCUUCUCACCACGAAUGAGAUAUUAUCCAAAUAUUAAAAAUGCUGAUCGAUAUCAUUUCGAAAAUGUUAUUGACUUCCGUUUUGAUAUCUUCCAUAACGGUAAAAUAACAAACAUUCCAUUCACCUUUAGCAAACUAGAACGCUUUGAAUGUUCGUGUUAUGCAAACGAUGGUGCAAUCGAGUCAUAUAUUUUAGAUUUCAUUGAUGAGAAUAAAUACUUGAAAUCAAUUAUACUGACCGGAGUAAGAGGUAGAAUUGAUAGUUUACUUCAACGAGUGUCUGUGUUGCCAAACAUAGAAGAACUGAGUGUUGAAGCUUGGGCUCGACCUGUUUCAUCAAAUUUCGAUCUUAUUUCCAAUUUAUUUUCAAAGAAUCCAUCUUUCAAGAAGUUUACUUUGUGGGGGUGGCAAAAGUACUUGGAAAACUUAAUCAGCGAAACGGAUUCAGCGAAAUUAAAAAAUUUCAAGCAAGAAACGGAAUUUGUGCGAUAUACAACUACACUAACGUGGACAUAACCAUGAAUAUUGGUGACAUUACUAUGAAAAUGGUUGCGUUUGCUUUUAAAUUUUACAAUAAUAAAUGUGACUUUUUGAAUUGAAAAUCUA